GCUCGGCACAUCGUCGCCAUAAAUUUUAUUUCUAUGGUUCGUAUUUUGUGUGAGGCGGUUAGACGUCUAUGGUAGUAUUUGCAGUCGAAGGUUGAUCCAGGGUCAACACGCGUGCUUCGUCAAAAUUAACCUAUAAUUCAAAACAGUUUAUGCUGCACUACGAGCUGUAAUUUUAUUUUAGAUAAUAAAUAUACUCUUGCGAUGACUGACGAAGCUCCUCCUCUAUUGGAUAAUAGUAAUUUUGAAACUGACAGGAUAAGCGAUAACGAUAGCGGCGAUGAUUGGGACGAAGUUAACGACGGAACGCAAAAUAUUACCUGUCUCUUCUGUGUUGAUGUUUUUGACAAUUUUCCAUCGGCCAUCAAACAUUUAGAAUCUUUGCACAAAUUUAGUCUUGCAGCUUUCAGGAGAAAGUAUUCGCUGGAUAUAUAUUCAUAUAUUAAACUUGUAAAUUUCAUCAGAGCUAAUAAAACGAAGCCAGAAGAACUGGAUUCUUUGAGUCCUAAAAUAUGGGAAAGUGAUAAAUAUCUGGCACCCGUGCUUCAAGAUGAUAGCUGGUUAAUGUUGGAUAUCGACGAUUUUAACGACGAUGAUAUCAAAAAACCGACCGCCUAUCCUGUGAACUCGGAAAACGGUUGCGUCACUUUGUCAGAAAUUCAUUUUGUCGAACUUCAGAGAACCAUACAGUCUCUAAGAGCUCAACUUGAACAUCGCGAAAUUGCGUGUCAACUGGCAAAAGAACAAAUCGACGAAAUGAAGGAAAAGGCACAAAGGCUUGUAUUAGACGAUGAUUUGACACACUCCACGAGCGAAAGGUGUGUCAAAAAUAAAAGCUUGGAAUGCGAUGAAGGAUAUUUUAAUACGUACAGUCAUUUCGCUAUCCAUCAUGAAAUGCUUACGGACAAAGUUCGUACCGAAAGCUACCGUGAUGCAUUGCUGACCAAUUCAAACAUGUUUAAUAAUUGUGUCAUGUUGGAUGUUGGUUGUGGAACUGGCAUUCUCUCUAUGUUUGCAGCAAAAUCGGGUUGCCGGCAAGUUAUUAGCGUCGAUCAAUCAGACAUCAUAUACCAUGCAAUGGACAUUGUGAGAGAAAAUAAUCUCGCCAAUGUUAUAACAUUGAAAAAGGGUCGAUUAGAAGAUAUCGAUCUUCCUGUUGAUAAGGUUGAUGCAAUAGUGUCUGAAUGGAUGGGAUAUUUUUUACUAUUCGAAGGAAUGUUGGACACGGUUAUUUUUGCAAGGGAUAAUUACCUCGCACCGGGCGGUAAACUUUUGCCAAACCGGUGCAACAUCAGUAUCGUUGGUAGUGGGGAUACCAACCGCUAUAUUGACCUAGUGGAUUAUUGGUCAAAUGUUUACGGAUUUAAGAUGAGUUGUAUGAAGCCAGAAGUGGUGAGAGAACCGAGUAUAGAAGUUUGCCAUGUGCAAGAUCUGAUCACAAAUGCUUGUGAGCUCCAAUCAUUUGAUCUCUACGAAGUAACGACAGAAUGUAUGAAUUUUACAUCACCGUUCAGCCUUAAGGUCAAAAAAACUGGAUCUUUGACCGCCAUUGUCGGAUAUUUUGACGUGUUUUUUGACUUGGAUAAUCCUAUACAAUUCAGUACCGGCCCUCACGCAACACCCACACAUUGGAAGCAAACUGUGUUUUCUUUAAGCGAGCCAAUAAGCGUUACGGAAGGAGAGUCAGUAAAUGGAAAAUUAAUAUGCCGAAGGCAUGUCAAAGAUGUCAGAGGUCUUGUUGUGACAAUCCAGAUAAAGAGUUUCAGUCAAGUGUACUAUUUGGACUAAGAAAUCAACGCAGUUGAGUAACCAGUAGAAUUUCGAAAAAAUUGAUGAAAAUUCACAUCGAAUUUUGGGUGUAAGAGAUACUUCCUAUUAGGGUGAGUUUUAGCAAUAGAAACUUUUAUGCAGUCCGCAUUACUUAUAAAUGGUUUCUAUCCAAAAAGGAUAUAAUGCAGGAGUAUUUGUUACGUAAUUUUUUACACGCAGUGGCUAAGUCGUGUCCACAUUUUUUUU